AUGUCCAAUCAAGACUACUACGGCGGCGGCGGCGCUCCCUAUGGCGGCCAGCCCAACUACAACCAAGGCGGCUACCCCCAACAAGCUCACAACCACAACUACAACAAUUCCGCGCCUCCAGGCGCCUACGGCCAUUCCCAGCCCAGCUACGCCGCGCCUCAGCAGCAGCAGUCAUACGACAACCGGGGCCACUCCCCCGCGCCAGGCUACAACACGGGCGCUCCCUACGGCGGCUCGCAGCCUCAAUACGACAACAACAACAACAACAGCAAUCACAGCUACAACAAUAGCCAAGGCAUGGGUGCUCCCUACGGCGGCCCCAACGGUGGUGGUCAGUACGGCCCUGGAGGCACUGGAGGCCCUGACGGCCCCAACGGCGAAAAAGGCCUCGGCGCCACGCUUGUCGGCGGUGGCGGUGCGGCCUUUGCGGCGCACAAGUCGGGUGCCGGCUUCCUGGGCUCGACGGGCGCGGCGAUUGCGGGCGCGAUCGGAGCCAACUUUAUUGAGCACAAGUUUAAGAAGCACAGCGGGCACCACCACGGCCGUCGCGAUUAA